AUGAGGAGAAAAGAUUUGACAAGUGAGGAGAGAGCUAGACUCAUUCAAUUCUUGAUCAUUGACAGCAAGAAUGGCAAGCCACCACGAGGCAAAAUGAAGGCUGCCGAGCUCAAGUUUGGUGUCUCUCGGCGAACCGUUUGUCGUCUUUGGGCUGAGGGAAAGCAAAAACAGCAACAAGCUAAGGAAAAGCGGGGCGUUACAAUAGAUCAGGGGCUGAUCAAGGCUCAUACAAAUGCUAUAAAACCUGAACUUACAGCCCCAAAUAAGCUGUCAAGAAUGCGAUUUUGCUUAGAGCAUAUUGAGUAUGACAGGCUGCUAGAGAAAUUGCAGUUCAAGUGCAUGCGAAACACUAUCCAUAUCGAUGAGAAGUGGUUCUACAUCACCAAAUCUUCUCACAAAUUCUAUUUAACUCCAGCAGAGGCUGAGCCACAUAGAACUUGCAAGAGUAAAAAGUUUAUCACAAAGGUAAUGUUCUUAUGUUCUGUGUGCCGACCAAUUUUUGGUGAAGAUGGGAGGGUUCUAUUUGAUGGGAAGAUAGGCAUCUUUCCUUUAACAGAAAUGGUACCAGCACAAAGGUCAAGCAAGAAUAGGGAAGCGGGGACACUUGAGCAAAAGCCAAUCCAGAGCAUAACAAAACAAGUACUCAAAGACUGCUUCAUCAAGCAGCUUGUUCCAACCAUUAAAGCCAAGUGGCCUUCAUUUGCAAGCAAGACUAUCUUCAUUCAACAAGACAAUGCUAGGCCACACAUCAAGAAUGAUGACAUAGAGUUCAGACGGUGUGCAUCAGCUGAUGGUUUUAACAUCAACAUUGUACAUUAG